AUGAGUGGAAUCGCAACGGCCUGUCUAUCGUGCCUGUCGGCGGUGGACCGAUGGUGCCAUAUCACAGCCUGUCUUGGACCCAUCGGUGGUCGGUCGCGAGAUGGAAUUUACGAGACAACCUUGGCCGAUAAUGAACGAGAAGCUGUCUCCGAUUUGCUCGGCUACUUGGAGAAUCGCGCAGAAACCGACUUCUUCGACGGCGAGCCGCUACGGGCAUUGAGUACGCUGGUGUACUCCGAGAAUGUCGACUUGCAACGAAGCGCCAGUCUGACCUUUGCCGAAAUUACCGAACGAGAUGUCCGCGAGGUCGACAGCGACACCCUCGAGCCGAUUCUAUUCCUUCUCCAGAGCUCCGAUAUUGAAGUACAACGAGCGGCCAGUGCAGCGCUGGGUAACCUCGCCGUGAAUGCGGAAAACAAAGUCUUGAUUGUCGCCCUCGGGGGGCUGGCUCCCCUGAUUCGACAGAUGAUGUCGCCCAAUGUCGAGGUGCAAUGCAAUGCCGUCGGAUGUAUCACCAAUCUUGCGACACAUGAGGAGAACAAGGCCAAGAUUGCUCGCUCCGGCGCUCUCGGUCCUCUGAUCCGCCUGGCCAAAUCCAAGGACAUGCGUGUACAGCGUAAUGCAACGGGCGCAUUACUAAAUAUGACCCAUUCUGAUGACAACCGCCAGCAACUCGUCAAUGCUGGCGCUAUUCCCGUGCUCGUCCAUCUGCUAUCUUCCCCCGAUGUCGACGUUCAGUAUUAUUGCACCACAGCUCUCAGCAACAUUGCCGUUGAUUCGACUAAUCGCAAACGCCUAGCUCAGACCGAGUCGCGUUUGGUACAAUCAUUGGUACAUCUCAUGGAUUCUUCGACCCCGAAGGUGCAAUGCCAGGCUGCGCUCGCCCUCCGCAACCUCGCCUCCGACGAGAAAUACCAGCUUGAGAUUGUCCGCGCAAAGGGUCUCUCUCCCUUGUUGCGGCUCCUGCAAUCCUCCUACCUUCCUCUCAUCCUAUCCGCCGUCGCCUGUAUUCGCAAUAUAUCUAUUCAUCCGCUCAACGAAUCACCGAUCAUUGAAGCAGGCUUCCUGAAGCCAUUGGUGGAUCUGCUUGGUUCAACCGACAACGAAGAGAUCCAAUGCCACGCUAUCUCUACGCUUCGUAACCUUGCUGCUAGCUCCGAUCGCAAUAAAGAACUCGUUUUGCAGGCUGGAGCUGUCCAGAAGUGCAAGGACUUGGUCCUUCGGGUUCCUCUCACCGUACAGUCUGAGAUGACCGCUGCGAUUGCUGUACUGGCCCUCAGCGAGGAGCUGAAACCACACCUUCUCAAGCUCGGCGUCUUUGACGUCCUCAUUCCUCUUACUAACUCUGAUAGCAUUGAGGUCCAGGGCAACAGUGCUGCUGCUCUGGGCAAUCUUUCUUCCAAGGUCGGCGAUUAUUCCAUGUUCGUUCGCGAUUGGGCCGAUUCGAACGGUGGUAUUCAUGGCUACCUCUACCGUUUCCUUGCCAGUGGUGAUCCAACUUUCCAACACAUUGCCAUCUGGACCCUUCUCCAACUCCUCGAGUCCGAAGAUAAGAAACUCAUCGGACACAUCUCACGAUCUGAAGACAUCGUCCAGAUGGUCAAGUCGAUCUCAGACAAGAACAUUGAAUCCGACGAAGAUGAAGUGGAUGAUGGUGAAGGCGAAGUGAUCACCCUCGCCCGUCGAUGCCUUGAGCUACUGGGAGCAGGUCCUAAGCAAACCCUUGUGGAAGCUUAA